AUGGCAUAUGGGCUGUUGGCCUGGACCGCCAACAAUGCUGUUCUCAAGCGGACCUGUCGACUAUACCACCUGUUGGUAAUCGCCUUCUUCCUCACGACCACUGUACUCGCGACCACCGACACUAUCUUACCUUCCGCCGCUUCCGCUUCGUUCCCAGAAUGCGGGCUGUCAUGCUCGUUGCUCCAGCAGGCCGCGGACAGCUGCCUGGCUAGUCCAGACGACACACACGCAGUCCAUGUCUCUUGCUUCUGCCAGUCGACUCUGAUCUCUCAACUCAAAACCUCUGCCGAUGGGACCUGCGACUCUUCCUGCAGCAGCGAAUCCGAUAGACAGUUGUUGAAGACAUGGUACAACAACUAUUGCAAUUCUGGGGGGGCCACGACAACAAGCACAGCAGCUGAUCAAGCUGCUGCUGCGACGACCACAUCAACCUCAGGCUCGAAAGUACAGGCCAACGAGUCCAAACCCAAGACCUGGUGGGACGGUCACUACAAAUGGGUCAUCAUGGUUAUUGUCCUCGUCGUCGCAUUCAGUAUCAUCGCCGCCGUGGCAACAUGGCUGAAGAAACGCCACGAUGCCAAAUACCCGAAUCUCUAUCACGGUGUCGGCGGCAGCGGCAGCGGCAGCGGAACAGAGAGCGGAUUGUUCUCCGGCCGCCCGCGUGACCAGAGUCCAGCCCCCAGCCAACCUGGUCAAUUCUCAUCGAACUUGGGCGGUCUUGCACCUCCGCCCCGGUUCAGUUACCCAAACUCCGAGUCAAUCGCCAGUAGUUCGCGCACAGAGGUCGUACCCUCCAAAGCGCGGUCUGGCCGCUCUUCGUCGCGUUUGGCAAAGACACCGCAGUCGGCGGACGACGACGUCGAGAUUCGGGAGGUUACUCGAUGA